GUAUUCAGGAAUCUCCAGUACCAAAUGGCCAUUCUCUCCCAGGCAGAGAUUUUCUUCGGAAACAGAUGCGAGGAGACCUUUUCACUCAGCAGCAGCUAGAAGUGUUGGAUCGAGUCUUCGAGAGGCAACAUUAUUCCGACAUUUUCACAACAACUGAGCCCAUCAAACCAGAGCAGGCAACUGAGUACUCAGCCAUGGCAUCGUUAGCUGGUGGAUUAGACGACAUGAAGGCCAAUAUCACCAGCUCUGCUUCUGCGGAUCUGGGAGCCAGUGUCCCCGGGCCUCAGUCAUACCCUAUUGUCACAG